UCUCCUUUCAGCCACUCCGCAGCCAAAACCACAAACAUGAACCAUCUCAGCUGCCACACUCACCGCCGAUGUCCAGUCUUUCUUCACUUCUCUUUAGACUAAGCUCAUGCCCUGUCCUCCACCAAUUCGACCAAAUACAUGCCCAUUUCAUUACCUCAGGCCUCCUCCGCUCCACCUUUGCAGCAAAUCAUCUUCUCAAAUCCUCCUCCACCUUCCUCAGCUCCCAUCUCACCCUCCUCCUCUUCUCCCAACUCGAUUACCCCGAUUUAUUUUCCUACAACAUAGCCAUAAAGUUACUCUCUCAAACAUCUUACCCUCUCAAAUCCUUCCCUUUGUAUCAAAACCUGCUCCUGAGGGGCCUCCACCCCAAUGAGUACACCUUCUGCUUCCUUUUUGAUUGCUGCUCCCAAAACCUGGCUCUCCUCCAUGGUUGGCAGCUCCAUGCCCACCUCAUUAAGUAUGGACUCAACCUCGCCAUGCACUCAUCUACGUCGCUGGUUCACCUGUAUGGUCGCUGCGGGUCUCUGCGUGAUGCCCAACAGAUGUUCGAUCAAAUGCCUAAUAAAAGCAAUGUUUCCUGGGGUGCAAUGAUCCAUGCUUUUCUUACCCAUGGAGAGUUGAUGCCAGGCUUGAAGUUGUUUUCUGUGAUGUGCAGGUCUUAUAUUUUCCCAAGCAAUGGGACUUUAGUUAGCAUUCUCUCAUCAUGCGCUGAGCAUGGCAAACUGGACAUCGGCCGGGCCAUGCACAGCCACAUAGUGCCACGGAUGUUUUCUCUGCAAUGCCCGCUAAGAACGUAGCAUCAUGGAACUGCUUGAUUUUUGGACUGGCAAACAAUGGCUAUGGAGCCAAAGCUGUGGACUUCUUUGAACAAAUGAAGCAAGAGCUCAAUGUGAGGCCCAAUGGAGUCACAUUCCUCGGUGUCCUGCAAGCCUGCGUCCAUGCCGGACUGGUUGAGAAUGGGGUUCAUUAUUUUACACAGAUGAGCAGAGAUUAUGGAAUCAUGCCGAGUUUGAAGCAUUAUGGGUGCAUCGUCGAUCUUUAUGGGAAAGCAGGGAGGUUUAAGGAGGCCAUGGAAGUCAUCAGAUUCAUGCCCAUGAAGCCUGAUAGUGUGAUAUGGGUGGCGUUGUUCAGUGCCUGCAGAACUCAUGGAGAUAGGGAACUGGGAGAGCUCAUGUCUGCCAAUGUUAUUAAGCUAUUUGCUGAUGAUUCAUGUGGAUACUUGCUUCUUUCUGAUGCUUAUGCAAUCAGAAGACGAUGGGAUGAAGUUAUUUGUGUUAGGAGAAUGAUGCGAGAAAUGGACAUUAAGAAAGUGCCUGGUUUCAGUUCCAUUUUUGAAGUUGGAAGCUUCUGUUAGUAAGAGGAUGCCAUUUCUAGCAUGGAAGUAUGAUUUUUUCCUCAUUUCUCGGAGAUUUACUGCGCCACCGAGCCAUGAAUUUGGAUCUCAGAUUCUGGAAAUGUGGUUUGUACAAGAGAUGGAUUAGUAGAGGAAAUAGGAUGGUUAUGAUCAUCGGAGCCAUCAUAGGUGGAAAAAAAAUCAUCGUACAAUGACGGAUCUGAUGAAGAGGAGCGAAGCGGAUACCAUGAAAGAUAGAGCCGGAGAAGAUGAAUCUCUGAUGAGACGGAGCAGAGAAGAGCAUUGGCAGCAUACUUAUUGGGAUAAAAGAGAGUUUUGGCAUUUCCAGUUAGGAUUAGGCUUGUAAUGUGCUCGGGCUCGGCUUAAUAAGUGGUUUAUGGGCUGGGGUUAAUGUGCUAACAAGCCAAGCUCAAGCUAGUCUCGGCUCAACCAGUUAGCU